GGCGGGGCCUGCGGGGGCGCUGGUCGGGCCCGGCCAGGCCGCGAUGGCGACCAAGAAGGCGGGCUCGCGGCUGGAGACGGAGAUCGAGCGCUGCCGCUCCGAGUGCCAGUGGGAGCGGAUCCCCGAGCUCGUCAAGCAGCUGUCGGCCAAGCUCAUCGCCAACGAUGAUAUGGCAGAACUCCUCCUCGGGGAAUCAAAGCUGGAGCAGUACCUGAAAGAACACCCCCUGCGGCAGGGGGCCAGUCCCCGAGGCCCCAAGCCCCAGAUGACUGAGGUCCGCAAGCAUCUGACCGCUGCCCUGGACCGAGGGAACCUCAAGUCAGAAUUCCUACAAGAGUCCAAUCUGAUCAUGGCCAAGUUGGAUUAUGUUGAAGGAGACUAUGAAGCCGCACUCAACAUUUAUGCCCGGGUGGGCCUGGAAGACUGGCCGCUGACGGGCGUGCCCCCUUACAGGUUGCGGAUGGCCGCGGACGCCUACGCCACCAAAGGACUUUGUUUAGAGAAGUUGCCUAUUUCCUCUUCUGCCAGUAAUCUCCAUGUGGAUCGGGAACAGGAUGUCAUCACCUGUUAUGAGAAGGCAGGGGACAUUGCACUCCUGUACCUCCAAGAGAUAGAAAGGGUAAUACUUUCUAAUAUUCAAAACAGAAGUCCUAAGCCUGGCUCUGCUCCCCACGAUCAAGAACUAGGUUUUUUCCUAGAAACAGGACUACAGAGAGCCCAUGUCCUCUAUUUCAAAAAUGGCGCUGCCUGGACUGCCAGGCGCAAGCCUCUCUUUUUAUGCCACCGUAAAGCUUCUGAUCCGGUAUCAUCCGAUAUGUGUGGGAACUUGACGAGAGGAGUCGGGAGAUUUAGAGAGAUCCUCAGAGCAGUGGAAACGAGAACAACCCAGAACCUGCGAAUGACAAUAGCCAGGCAGCUGGCGGAGAUCUUGUUGCGGGGUAUGUGUGAGCAGAGCUACUGGAACCCUCUGGAGAAUCCGCCAGGCCAGUCACCUCUGGACGAUCCUCUCCGGAAAGGAGCAAACACAAAAACCUACACCCUCACGCGGAAAGCCCGUGUCUACUCAGGAGAGAACAUUUUUUGUCCUCAAGAAAAUACUGAAGAAGCCCUGUUGUUAUUGCUGAUUAGUGAAUCAAUGGCCAACCGGGACGCUGUGCUGAGCAGGAUACCUGAGCACAAGAGCGACCGCCUCAUCAGUUUACAGAGUGCGUCUGUGGUCUAUGACUUACUGACCAUCGCUCUUGGGAGAAGAGGCCAGUAUGAGAUGCUGUCAGAGUGCUUAGAAAGAGCCAUGAAGUUUGCCUUUGAGGAGUUCCACCUCUGGUACCAGUUUGCUCUGUCCCUCAUGGCUGCUGGAAAAUCUGCCCGCGCGGUGAAGGUGCUGAAAGAGUGCAUCCGCCUGAAGCCGGACGACGCCACCAUCCCGCUCCUGGCCGCAAAGCUGUGCAUGGGCUCCCUUCACUGGUUGGAAGAGGCUGAGAAGUUUGCCAAAACCGUCGUUGAUGCGGGAGAGAAAACGUCAGAGUUCAAGGCCAAAGGCUACUUGGCCCUGGGGCUUACGUACAGUCUGCAGGCCACUGACGCUUCUUUGCGAGGGAUGCAGGAGGUCCUACAGAGAAAGGCGCUUCUUGCAUUUCAGAGGGCCCACAGCCUGUCACCUACAGAUCACCAAGCAGCUUUCUACCUGGCUCUGCAGCUUGCCAUCUCCAGACAGAUACCAGAGGCUCUGGGGUAUGUCCGCCAAGCUCUUCAACUUCAAGGCGAUGAUGCCAACUCGUUGCACCUCCUUGCUCUCCUGUUGUCAGCACAAAAGCAUUACCAUGAUGCUCUGAAUAUCAUUGACAUGGCCCUGAGUGAAUAUCCAGAAAAUUUCAUACUACUGUUUUCCAAAGUGAAGCUGGAGUCACUGUGCCGGGGCCCGGAUGAGGCACUCCUCACUUGUAAGCACAUGCUACAGAUUUGGAAAUCCUGCUACAACCUUACCAAUCCCAGUGAUUCUGGACGUGGGAGCAGCCUCUUAGAUAGAACCAUUGCUGACAGACGACAGCUUAAUACAAUUACUUUGCCAGACUUCAGCGAUCCCGAGACAGUGUCAGAUUCCUCCUCCUCCUCUUCUCUUUCAAGAACCGAAUCUCCUCUCCACCUGUUUGUAUCUUCUCAUCUUCAUUCUCAUCCCAAACCCGAUACCUUUGUGUGGCCCCCGGCAGCUCAUUCAGUCAGUGACCCAGGUCCCCGCCAGGAACCCUCUCUGUGCAACUCUCCAGAAGUAUACUUUCAUGGUUUUCCCUCCCUUUUUUCAGUUAGCUCUGUCCACGCCACGUCGGUAGCAGCCUCCAGAGUGGAGCAGGCACUGUCGGAAGUGGCGUCGUCUCUGCAGAGCAGCACCCCCAAGCAGGGCCCGCUACACCCCUGGAUGACGCUGGCGCAGAUCUGGCUCCACGCAGCUGAAGUCUACAUCGGCAUUGGGAAGCCGGCAGAAGCCACCGCCUGUACCCAAGAGGCUGCCAACCUCUUCCCGAUGUCCCACAACGUCCUGUACAUGCGAGGCCAGGUUGCCGAGCUCCGAGGAAACAGCGAGGAGGCCCGGCGGUGGUACGAAGAGGCCUUAUCCAUAAGCCCCACCCACGUGAAGAGCAUGCAGCGGCUGGCCCUGAUCCUCCAUCAGCUGGGCCGCUACAGUCUGGCCGAGAAGAUCCUCCGGGACGCGGUGCAGGUGAACUCCACGGCCCACGAGGUCUGGAACGGACUGGGCGAGGUCCUGCAAGCUCAGGGCAACGACGCGGCGGCCACUGAGUGCUUCCUGACGGCCUUGGAGCUGGAGGCCAGCAGCCCCGCGGUGCCCUUCACCAUAAUCCCCCGCGUGCUCUGAGCAGCGCCCCGGCCUCCCUGCCGCCCAGGCCGAGGGGGCCCCGCCUGGGCGCUGAGGGUCUAGGGUGCGCGCGAAGGCCCUGGAUGAACGUGCGAUUGACCACAGUGGACUAACCAAACCAACCCCCUAUCACCGCUCUCCACGUGCAUUUCUGUUGUCGUUUCCGCCAGCCCAACGAUAGUUUCUGAAUCUAUUGACAUUGUUCAAAAUGGAUCAUGUGCCAUAUUUUGUUAGCUGACGUCUAAGUUUUAAGUAAAAUGAUCAUGGAAUUAAUCUGCAAAUGUAGAAGAAUAUAUUCAAAGUUAAAAUUCAGUGGCAGAACAGAUUAUUUUUAUCAGAGCUAUAAAGAAAACUGUUCUCUCCCCACCAUCACCACUCCUGCCCUACCCUUGGCCCCGAAACCAAAUGUGAAUUUUCUGUUUUCCGCCUCAGUACUCGUCCAAGCCAGGACACCAGCCGACAAUUUCUUGGUUUUGUUGUCAGUAAUUGUACCAUGUGAUAAAUUACUGCCCUCACUUAGAACAAAGCCUGAGUCCAAGAAUAUUUAUAUUUUACCAAUAUAGGCCUGUUACAAGAGAAGGAAAUAUGAGUUAUUUAAGUUUAACUUUUUUAUGUGAAUUCAGAGUUUAUUUAUCGAUGGAAAUAUGUACAAAGAAGCUUCAAAUGGAAUAUUUACCGACAUUCCUUAUACAUGACAGACACUUGGCUAAAUGGAAAG